UCUCAUAAAUCUGCAGCAGCCCAAGACGCUAACAAGUCACUCGACCUUCCUGCUAACUUAGUAAAUGAUGCUGCUCCAGACGCUCGUCAAGCAGUGGAAGAAGAUUCUACUGAAGCUCCUGUCAUUGAACGAGCUUUAUCAGAUUCUUUAGCUGCAGGUGGAAGCAAAAUGCAGACUCAGCCUGAAAAUAAGAAAACGCCGGCAGACAAAUUAUCAAUUUCUGACCGAACUCCUCCUCUGAAGAAGUAUGCAAGUGAACCUCUUGCCCGAGAUGAAUCACAUGCAACUUCUUUUGAAGAAGAUUGGAAGAAAAUAACUUCGCUUCCCCGAGUUAAGAAGCGAGAACUAUACUCGUGCAGAUCUUCUGUUACCUUGGAGGACAUUCCUUCAUGGUCAGAAUAUGCUGUUCAAAAUUCAAUUGCUGUGGAAAAGUCAGUGAAGAAAUACAAACAUAUUCCUAAACUUCCUAUGAAGUUUGCUGUGAACUCAAGUCUGAACACGAAAGUUUCUUUGUUCAUUGGAGACAUCACGGCCCUUGAGAUUGACUGCAUUGUGAAUGCAGCUAACUCAUCCCUGCUCGGCGGGGGAGGGGUGGACGGAGCAAUCCAUAGAGCUGCUGGACCAAGCCUCCUGAAGGAAUGUAGGACCCUACAUGGAUGUCCUACAGGGGACGCUAAAAUCACUUAUGGAUAUAAGCUACCUGCUACACGGGUUAUUCACACUGUUGGCCCCAUAAACGGAGACCGGAUGGACCUGGAAAAUGCCUAUCGGAGCUGCCUCAAUCUGGCACGCGAACAUAAGCUGAGAUCCAUUGCUUUCCCCUGCGUAGCCACGGGAGUCUAUGGCUUCCCAAACGACAAAGCCGCUGAGGUUGUCGUUCCCCUGGUACGAAAAAUACUUGAAUCCAAACCCUCUGAUUUCGAUAGAAUUAUUUUCUGUUUGUUCUUGCCUAUUGAUAUCGAUGUGUAUCAUUACGUCAUGACUCAGGUCUUCCCACUGCAGUAAACUUGGAGAAUUUGCCAUGAGUUUUUCGUUUCAAACAAAUUGCAUUUUGUUAUUAAAUUAAAUUAAUUUGAAGGUUCCACUAAUUUUUCAGUUUCUUGAAGUUCACACGAGCUUAAUUGUGAAGAAAUAUUUUUGGCAUUUAUCCCACGAAUGAAUACUACACUUCUUUUAGAAUUUUCAACCGAAAUAAUAAUUUUGGUGCCUGUUUUUACCUGAUUUUUAAUUAUUAUUCUGAUUCAGUUUUAGAUUUAACCUUAACUCACUUGUGUG